UUCCAAAAUCGACCUAGCCCCGCCCCCUUUCCCAACGUUCGCUUCGUGCCGCUGAGAAGAAUCCAAGAAGAACCGGGAGUCAUGUCGGGAGUUAAGUCCUCCCUGAAAACUGGCCAUGAGAAAUGCAUCAUUCCAGGGUGCAGAGUAUCAAAUACAUCACUGCACUGCCUUCCAAAAGACAAAGAUGUCGCUGACAAGUGGAUGGAUUUUAUUUUUGGAGACUUGCCUAAACCUGUGCCAAGUCAGGCUUUUCGGCUAUGUACUGCACAUUUUUCACAGCAGUUCGUACUGAAUCAGGGGCUUUAUGAUGCUGGAGUCGUAUCAAAAUUACUGUUGAUGAAAAGAUCCAUUCCAACUAUUCGGCACCCUCUCCCAAGCAUUGAAAUGGGAGCCAUUAGACCUGUUUCCCAGGCCAGUACCUCCCGGAGUAUUGGCUGCCAGACUGACCCCUUUCCAAAAAGAUCUGUUGGAACCCAACUAUCCAAGGACACUCUUAAGACUCACAUCAGAAGCAGAGCUUCUCAGACAAGUGUGGUCUGCGAGAAUGUGUGGUCUCCCCCACUUCUCACCUCAACACCCUUGAAGCCCCUUCCACCCAAAAAGAGGCCGCGACUGGAACUAGAGGAGGAUGACGAUGAAUGGGAGGCCUCCAUUGAGGCUACUGACCCUAAUGACUCCACUUUCAUUCGAAGUGUAUCAAUGACAACAGAGUCAUCGACUGUAUCACAAGCCUCACUACCAUAUGAUGUACCUAAAUAUAUUGUAUAUGAAAACUGCCUCCUCGAGUUGUUUGAGUUAUGUCCAGUGUGCAGCUCCAUGUGUGACUUUCCUUGCUGUUGAUCAGACGUGCCACCGCUGUGAGUUCAACAGACAGUGGAAGAGUCAACCGUUCAUUGGAAGUACACCUGCAGGGAACAUUCAUCUCUCUGCAGCUGUAUAUUUUACAGGGACAUCUUUCAUCCAAAUGAAAAAGGUUUUCAAUGCAUUUGGUGUGAGGAGCAUGCGAUACCAAGCUUUCCGGAAACAUGCCAAAACCUAUCUAGAACCUGCCAUUGUUUGGAAAUGGAAAAGGGCCCAGCAGGUUGAGCUUCAAAGUUUAAGCCAGCAGAGCAAGGUUAUCAUUGGAGGAGAUAUGCAGGCAGAUUCUCCAGGCCAUUGUGCCAAAUUUGGAAGCUAUACUGUGAUGAAUCUUGAAACCAGCACAGUCAUCAAUAUCCAACUUGUGCAGAGCAAUGAGGUCGGAGGGAGUUACUACAUGGAGAAGGAAGGUCUGAAGCGAAGCCUUGCUCUUCUGGAGGCAAGUGGUGUCACAUUGGACUGCAUAGUCACAGACCGCCACCUCCAGAUUCAAAAAUACCUGAGAGAAAAGGGCAUCACACAGUACUAUGACGUCUGGCAUAUUGAUAAGGGGAUGUCUAAGAACAUUGACAAACUUGCCAAGGAGAAGGAUUGUGAGGUGGUAAAAAAGUGGCAACAGAGUAUUAGGAACCAUCUCUACUGGACUGCAUCAUCAUCCAAGACAGGCCCAGAGAAGGUGGCAAAGUGGACAUCUGUCAUCAAUCACAUCCACAACAUUCACACACACGAAGACCCCCUUUUUCCAAAGUGUGAGCACAGUGAUGUCAUAGAUAAGAGGAGGUGGUUGAAGCCAGGAUCAAAGGCUUCCUACAGACUGGAGAAGGUCCUUACAAACAAGAGGUUCAUCAAGGGUGUGGAGAAACUAAGCCCUCACCACCAAACAUCCUCUCUUGAGGCCUUCCACAGCGUUGUCAUCCGCUUUGCACCAAAGAGUGUGGUUUCUGCCCGUGUACAUCUGCAUGUUCCACGCGUAGCUGGACGCGGCGUCGCAGGCCACCCAGGACUUGAGUCCAUACCUGGCGGGCUUGCGGGGCAUGUACUGGCGGAAGGAGCAUCGACCUUGUUGUCGUCGUCGUCGUUGUCGUCGUCGUCGUCGUCGUCGUCAUUGUUGUCGUUGGAGGUGUUGGACGUGUCGUCAAAGAUUGGAGGGCUUGCAAGCAGCCGACGGAGAAACCAGCGUCUGUGGGCGGGCACCGGUUCCGUGUGA